AAAAGGGGGCGGAGUGGGGAGAGGGGUCUAUGCCGGUGUCCUUAGAUAGCGCCGUGGAUAUGGGGUUGAACGGUCCAGUAGAUACGGGACAAUACAAGUUUGGGAUAAAUAUGCUGUGCCGCUUAGGGGACGGGUCCAGGUCGGCACAGUCCUAAACUUUCUUUAGCCUUUUCAAACAGUGAAAUGCACCUUAGUAUCAACUUAGAUGUUUGUAGUUAUAUUUACUGUAAACUAACUCUUCUCUCAAAUAUGCAAAAUUGCGAUGGCAGUCAGUUUUUUGUUGUUGUUGUUGGCACGGCAACACUUUGCGAGCGCCGUUUGUGAAGAAUUGUGCCUUGUUGUGCCCCCCCCCCCUCCCGUCCCCCCCGCUCCGUGCCGCACUGGUUCCGUCUGGCUCGCCCUCAGCUGCUGCGUGUCCUGGGAUGACCUGUUGAUGUCGGUAGAAUGGAGAAUGGCAGGGGGAGCGAUUUCCCCCAUCACCAAAAUAUUUAAAUAAGCAACAUUUGGGCUUGACAACCGGCGUCGCAGCACAGCUACCUCGUCCCGCACAGGCAACCCUUUGGUGGUGUGCGUCGGCGCACCAUGGCCCAGACCCUCCAGAUGGCGAUCCCAAACUUUGGCAACAAUGUCUUGGAGUGUCUGAAUGAGCAGCGGCUGCAGGGCCUCUACUGCGAUGUCUCCGUGGUGGUUAAGGGCCAUGUCUUCAAGGCCCAUCGAGCUGUGCUGGCUGCUAGCAGUUCUUAUUUCCGGGACCUUUUCAGCAACAGCAAUAGCGGAGGCGGUAGCAGCAAUGAGACGAGCCCAACCGUGGUGGAGCUCCCAUCGGCGGUGCAGCCACAGAGCUUCCAGCAGAUUUUGUCCUUCUGCUACACAGGCCGUCUCAGCAUGACGGUAGGGGACCAGUUUCUGCUCAUGUAUACCGCCGGCUUCCUGCAGAUCCAACAGAUCAUGGAGAAGGGCACCGAGUUCUUCCUCAAGGUCUCCUCUCCCAGCUGCGACUCGCAGGGCCUUCACGCUGAGGAGGCCCCGCCUUCGGAGCCCCAGAGCCCCGUGACGCAGACCAGUAACGGCGCAGGCCGGCCUGCCUCGUGCCUGACGCCGCUCCCUCUGGUAUCACGGGUGAAGACGGAGCAGCCCUCUAGCCAGCCGGAAGCAGCCACUCCAUACUCGGUGGUCUGCACUCCUGUGGCCAAGCGGCUGUGGGAGGGUGGCAGCAGCCGAGAUGGAAGCGGGACGGGCUCAGGGGGAGGAGGCGGAGCCCGGAAGGCAGCCCGUUAUUCCCAGGAGGCGGUGCGGGGCAGUGCCAUUCAGAGCCCCGGAGCCCUCGGACUGGCCAUGGGUAUGGGUGCCAACGUAACCAGCCUGGUGGGCAUGGUGGCCGGCGGCGGGCUUAGCGGCAGCGCCGGCACCAACGGGAGCUCUGCCGCAGGCCUCGGCAUGUCGGAGGGCGCCAGCCCCGGCACCCUGAGCACCUACGCCAGUGACUCGCCGAUCAGCUACCAUGAUGAUGAAGAAGAGGAAGAGGGGACAGAUGAAUGUGCCGAAGAGCAGUACAGGCAAAUCUGCAACAUGUAUACCAUGUACAGCAUGCUCAAUAUGGGAGCCGCAGCAGCUGGUGAACGUGUUGAGGCUCUACCAGACCACACAGAGACACGGGGUCGCAUGCGAGGCAGAGAUCUCACGUGUCUCCCCGUAGAACUCAUCGCUCAGAUAGGCAACCGCUCUCAUCCCAAACUGUACGAGGAAGGAGACCCUGCUGAGAAACUAGAGUUAGUCUCAGGUACUUCUGUGUAUAUAUCGCGAGCCCAGCUAAUGAACUGUCAUGUGAGCGCAGGGACCAGACACAAGGUGCUGCUCAGGAGGCUGCUGGCCGCCUUCUUUGAUAGGAAUACUCUGGCCAACAGCUGUGGAACAGGCAUCCGCUCGUCCACCAAUGACCCGAGCCGCAAGCCCCUGGACAACAGAGUUCUGCAUGCGGUCAAAUUUUAUUGCCAGAACUUUGCCACCACCUUCAAAGAGAGCGAGAUGAACGCCAUCGCAGCCGACAUGUGCACCAAUGCCAGACGCGUAGUCCGUAAGAGCUGGAUCCCCAAGCUGAAGCUACUGAUGGCGGAGAGCGACGCCUACACCGCUUUCCUUCCCGACCACGUCAAGAUUGAGGACGACACCCUGGGGGCGGAUCCAGCCUUCGAUCCCGCCUCUCUGGAGGCCGCCGGCGGUGCUGGCAUGGAGUCAGGUGGCUCUUCAGGUGAAUCGCUACCAGGUGUGGGCGGGGACGGAGGACCGUUAUUUUGAACAUUGUGUCCGGGGAAGUUUGAAGUUUGGUGACACACACACACACACACACACACACACACACACACACAACACACACCAGAAUUCCCCAGUUCUGCUUGCCUCUACACUCUUUGGUCCACGCUGAUCUCUCACAUCUGACUAUCUAUACUACACUGCUCGGGUCAACAGUUGUUGUUACCCUGAUGUAACCAGGACAUGAAAACUUAAAUUUUCGCUUCAUGACUGUACAAUGGAGUUAGUCGAGUAAAGGGAGCGAGUGAGAGGGUUUUCUCCUAACUGCCCUCUGCCUCCCCUUGUCUUUUUAAUGUGUGUAAGUGCAUCCACUGUUAUUACAUAUUAAAUACAUUCCCUUGAAUGCAGGUGAUGGGGUGAGUUGCCAGUGUAGCCUGAGGAGGAAGGUUUUUGACUUGAUCGAGUUGAGGUGGCGAGUAUACUGAAUUUUAGGUGUCAGUGGCAUUUUUUUCUCUAUGCAGCCCUGACAGCUUGUAAUCCAGCCUAGGAACAAUAACUCAAUUUAAAAUAGAUACAACAGUAAACAUUAACACUACCUGUUCUUCCUCCCCUCGCAUCCUCCACUCACCACCCUGCAAGUAUUCGUCACCACAUCGUCUCUCUCUAGACCAGAGAUUUGCACCUGAGUGUUUCAUUGUGCAGUGUCUUACAGAAAUGUGUCUCAUCUUUCUCUGUUUUCUAAAUUUUUAGCAUGUUUCUCCGUCUAUGAACUGAAAAAAAGUGAUCCAGAGUGAAAGGGGAAAGCUUUUUACUGAGUUGAUUGUAAAGAACGUUUAAAGGGCAACAGGAUCAUAUUUUUAGAAGAUAAACUAUAUUUAUACAAGCGCCCAUGCCUAGAACGGUGUGAGCCGAGAGAGUGAAAGGGAUUGUUUUAAAAUCUCGAUCUUCAUGUUCUAUUGAAAGAGGUCUUGUCAAAUAUGGAAAAGUGCUAUUUUUGCAUAAAAAGGAGUUUAAUAAAGCAGUCUUAUCACAAGACCCAUAGCCAUUUAUUUUUAUCUUAAUUUGAAAGUGCAGAGUGAUGGAUUGAGCAGUUGAACUGCUAAAUCUGAAGCAUUUCAUCUUCUGCUCACGGGCAUGGAAGGAAUAAUAAGACUGAUUCAGCUGGCUUGACUGUUUGUCUGUGAUAUCCAUCUCUUGUUUAGUUGUGAACCUGCAAUGUUUGCCUCCUUCAAUAAAACAUUGGCCCACGAGUUCAAGGAUUACCGGUUAAAAGGUUGUAUUGAUAUGACAACUCCGAUACUUUCUUCUUUGUACUGAAGUUAUUGAAAAUGAAAAUAAACUGCAAAAUCCCCAGGAAAUAAUUCUGGACUAUUGGAGUGUGCCUUUUGAUUGAAUAAGCGGACGCCUGGUGGGUACAGCGGUGUCACGAGGAGGCAAUAUUGCUCGAAGCAAAUAGAAUUGAAUGGUACGAUCCAUGUGUGUGCGAAGCAGUUCUUUGGGGAAAAAGGAGAGCCUUUUUUAGUAUGUCGUUUAUUCAUGUGUCGAAUAAGGAAAUUCAAAAUGGCUGACGGUUUUAUUUGAAGAGUUUGACAUGAUUUUGCACCUUCCGUGGGAGUGGAGGUUUCUGCACCUUAAUGAACCUGCACCUUUUGAGAAAUGUUGUGUAGCAAUUGAAACCCUUUAGGUGGAAUUUCUCUGCUUUCUUUUUGUUUUUCCAUGUCUGCUGCGUGUGUUUCUUGUUUUUCGAAGUGGCACAAAUCCCUACUGUAAAUAAUCAAGACGACUGUUGAGUUAAAUCCCAAGUGUUCUUCCUUUCUGUUGCUGGAUGCAUCUGAUUUAUGAAAUGUCAAAAACUGAUCUUUUUUUUCAUGUGAAAGUUUGCUAGAAGCUUCUUGAAUGACCUACGAGUUUUAGCACAUGGGGAUUCAUCACUCCUGGUGCAGAUGGAUAGAAGUGGACCUGGUCUGGGUGUGACUUAGGAAUGUGAAGGGCUCUCACAGACAACUGAUUACUUUCUCCUUCUGGAGGAGCGUUUCUAACAAGGUUCGAUUUUCUGAAAGCCGGGAAGAAAUUGACGUGUCUUAUUUAAGGCAGUUGAGUCAAUCUUUAUUGAAGAAAUAACAUGAUGGAUGAAGCUCAGCCUAUUUUCAUUAUUGAUUCAAAAUUAUGAUGCGUUUACUGAAAUGAUAUAUAUGGACAGAGACAAAAAUGCAGUACCUUGUAAGUAUUCUCUAAAGGGUAAUGACAACAAAACCUCAGCAAGCUCAACAUUUGACUGUUGCUGCCUCAUGAGCACCCCUCCCCCACAUACCUCUCCAGUGUCUUUGAAGACUGUUGUGCUUCCUGUCCUUCAUGCAGCUGGUGUCAUGUUUCACUUCCACAAGUUUAUUCGUGCGUUUCGAGAGAGAGAGAGAGAGGCAAAACAGUGGUUUUAGGUGGUUAAAUCGAGAUUAUAAUGUGUACAUUUGAUUGGCUUAGUGGCUUUUUAACUUGGCCAAGUUUACAGUUCAGCUCAGAUUACGUCUUCACGUUCUUCCCCAUUGUUUUUAAAAAUGAUGACACGACUUUAGUUAGUGCAUUUAAAGUAGCAUAAAUUGCUGGGGUAUCAGAUGGUGUUAUACAAUAUAUUAACCUGUCAUUUCAGACUUUAAAUAUGUCAAAAUAAAGGUUUUCUGAAUAAAUCCACUAUAAUAGAUUCACAUUCAAUCUAGAAAUGAAAUUUAAUUCUAUCUUCUUCAUAUCUUAUUUAGCAUGAUGGCUACUAAAUUUGUCAAUGUUAAUACCAGGUAUGACAAAUAAAAAGUCUGGAUUUAGUUCCAAUACCACAGGACUGUUAUUGAUCGUGUCCUUUAAAGAGGUGUUGGGGAAAUCAGAGCGCAAUUGCCAUCGAUUCCCUCAGAAAAGCAUUGAGUCUCACAUAGAAAACAACAAAUCCAAAACGUAAAGAAGCCUUUAAAGCAAGGAACAACUUAACUCAGCUUCUUACAGUAACCAUAUUACACAGUGAACUCCUGGAUGACUUGUACUCCUUAGCAUUGACCCAGUCAUAACAUGGCGCCUAAUGAGCCUAGAGUAGAAGAACUAUGGUUAUUGUACCCGUCAAUGUUAAGCUCUCUGAUGUUCAAACAUAACCUCACUCACAACCUUCUUGCACACCGCUUCAUCUGCAGUAGGUGUGUGAGUGUGGUAGCGUUGUACUUUGUGUGCAUUUGAGAAUAGAAUGAUGUCAUGCUUCUUUUCUUUUUUUUCAGUACGUUCUUCUUAGCACAUUGCAAUUUCUGUAUCUUCAACAUAUGCGUUUAAAAAACAUGUAGACCUACACACUUGAAUAGAUGAGGUGUGGCACGGCAUGGGGAACCUUUUGUCACUAAACAGUACAUAUAUAAAUAUGAUUAUACACAUGUAUAGAUAAAUACUGUAUAUUAUAUAUAGACGCACACAUAGAGGUCAGAUUGUUUGUUGUGCACUCGCAGCAUGAGGUAUAUAUUUACCCAGAAACGGCGCUUCAUCACAACCUGUGCAGUAAUUGGUCUGCCCAUGUCUUUGCCCCUGCUCCUUGCCCUCUGUAACCCUGUAGCGGCAGUGGACAUCCUGUACUGCUCAUCCUAUUUCUAUCUGUGUUCCAAGUGCCAAUAACUUUGUGAAAGCCCUGUAACUGUGACCCGACAUUAUCAAAGGUAAUUGCACAUUAACAACUGUAAAAUAAAUAAAUACAAAUCAUAGAGAAAAUGUCAAAAAUGGAUUAAAUAAUGGAUAUCUUAAUAAAAGAUUUGUAACAAUUUC